AUGUAUCCUCCCUCCAUCGACAUGGAUAAGGAUGAUGGCUGGAUCCGGAACACAGCGGGAGAUCUCCUCUUUUGGGCUCUACCCCGAGACUGUCGCAACCUCAUCUCACCCGCAACCCAAUGGAAAAGCGGUGAAUUCUGCAAGCUUGAUUUGACCCACGCCGUUCACGGAACUGAAUGGACCAAGUGUCAAGAAAUGAGACCGCAGGGUGCACGACCCCAGCUCUGGCCCCUCGAGUAA